GCUAAGCGAGAGCUUGAUCGAAUCAACAGCGAAGUGACUAGGCUGGGCGAAGAGUUGACCGAACUGGGCCAUCGGCUUGAGGCCGCUACAGAUGAGCGUCAACAGCUCCAGACCGAAACGGAGCUGAUGCAACGCCGACUGGCGACUGCAGACAAGCUAAUCAAAGGGCUCAGCUCGGAAGCGGUCAGGUGGACGGGUGAGUUGACUGGCUUACAGGCUCGACACACCCGCCUGCCCGGCGAUUGUUUACUUGGGGCUGCGUUCCUCAGCUACGUCGGUGCCUUCUCUUGGGAGUUUCGACACACUAUGCUCCACGACGACUGGCUGGCCGACUUGCUCGAGCGUAAUAUUCCAGUCAGUCAGCCAUUCCGGUUGGAAGAAGUGCUGUCACACGAAGUGGAGCUUGCCCACUGGACAUCUGAGGGCUUGCCUCCAGACGAACUCAGUCUACAGAACGGCAUGCUUACAACGCGCUGUUCACGCUUCCCACUUUGCAUAGACCCACAGCAGCAGGCGAUUACAUGGAUACGCAACCGAGAGGCUAAAAACAACUUGAAAGUAGCCACUUUUGCAGAUACAGACUUCCUGAAGCAUCUGGAAUUGGCCAUAAAGUAUGGUAGUCCCUUCCUUUUCCAAGAUGUCGAUGAGUAUAUUGAUCCUGUUAUCGACAACAUACUUGAAAAGAAUGUGAAAAAGGACCAGGGUCGAGAGUUUAUGAUGCUCGGUGACAAAGAAGUCGACUAUGACCCGAACUUCCGACUUUAUUUGACCACAAAACUAUCUAAUCCACAGUAUGGACCAAAUGUGUUUGGAAAGGCAGUCGUCAUCAAUUACACUGUGACGCUGAAAGGCCUCGAGGAUCAACUUCUUAGCGUUAUUGUCAAGUAUGAGCGCCGAGAAUUGGAAGAGCAGCGCGAGAAGUUGAUUCAAGAAACUAGGUUUGCUGACCUUGCAUAA